UAACACCAUUCCAAAAUGCGAGGUUGCACCCUACGGACAGUUACCAUCCGUAAGCAAAACAAGUCUUUUCUUGGAGUAGCGUACCCCCAGAUUUGCAAGAUGAAAGCUCAGGACCUUAGACAUCACGUCGAUUCUUUGCAUAAAUUGCCUUCACUGCCCUCCAAUGGCUUUCCUGAUUCAGAUAAUCUGUUACGUCGUUAUCAGUGGCAGGAAAUGCUCAGCCUGAGGAAGAUGGCGACUCGAGUCCUUCGGAGUUUGGGGGCCGACCUGAAUCAAGCAAGAACUAGGGUCCGAGCCCGAGGACAGCUCGUUUUCGUCUCCAGAGCCCUGUCAGCGUCUACUAACAGGAAUGGGGAGGACAGCUGGUUCAAGUCUCUCUUCGUCCGAAAGGUUGAUCCGAGAAAAGACGCCCACUCUAACCUCCUCGCUAAGAAGGAAACCAGUAACCUGUACAAAAUUCAGUUUCACAAUGUAAAACCUGAGUGCCUGGAUGCCUACAACAAACUUUGCGAGGAGGUUUUGCCAUCAAUCCAUGCAGAUAAGCACUACCCCUGUGAGCUGGUGGGCACCUGGAAUACGUGGUACGGGGAGCAGGAUCAGGCUGUUCACCUGUGGAGGUAUGAGGGAGGUUACCCAGCACUAACUGAAGUAAUGAGUAAACUUAGGCAAAACAAGGAAUUCAUGGAGUAUCGGAAAGAAAGAGGGAAGAUGCUUUUGUCCCGUAGGAAUCAGCUGCUGCUGGAGUUCAGCUUCUGGAAUGAGCCUGUACCCAGACAAGGUCCCAACAUAUACGAGCUGAGAACAUAUCAGCUCCGACCUGGAACUAUGAUUGAAUGGGGCAAUUACUGGGCUCGGGCUAUCGGAUACCGCCAGAAAAACGAAGAAGCGGUCGGAGGGUUUUUCUCUCAAAUUGGAAACCUCUACAUGGUCCAUCACCUUUGGGCGUACAAGGACUUGCAGACGAGGGAUGACACCAGGAAUGCAGCCUGGCAGCAAGAUGGUUGGGAUGAGUGUGUAUAUUACACAGUUCCUCUUAUCCAACAUAUGGAUUCCAGGAUUAUGAUUCCCUUGAAGAUCUCGCCCCUUCAGUAGGUUAUGAAGUACCUCCUACAAUCCCGAAGAAACAUUAUUAAUAAAAAUGACUCAACAAUGUCAGACUCCCGACUGCUGUGAUCUAAAAUCUGUUGUAAAAAAAGCCCACCUCCCUCUACUGACGUUUUUUAGUUUUGUUUUUUAACCUGAACCAGAAUACAGCAUCUGGUACUUUUAAAAAUUUUGUAUCCAAAACCAUCUGUAGUAAGAUAUUUACAAACAAGACAAAAACAUCUUCAACAGUGAAUGUGUGGCAUAAACACCAACAGUAUCCACUUUACAAGAAGGCUUAUGUAUUUACAGUAGAACUAUAACCUCUUAUUAUUUGGUAGGGCCUCCAUUUGUAUUAUCAAUCUUGCAGACAUCUAUAUUGUGCAGUCCAAAUUCAAAGGACCAAAUUUAGUUCAUUGGUAAUUGGCAUUAAUGACCACACCCACUUUUCUUUUGUGAGGAAAUGUUUUAAAAUUACCUACUUCUAGGGAACUUCUACUUCCCUAAAACUGUUUUAACCACCCCCAAACUGUAAUGCGACUGUAAUGUACCUCAAGUAUAAUACAUAAUUCAUUUUGUUGUAAAAAAAGUAUUUUAUUAAACUAAUUGGCAGGGUACAAAAUCAUCACUAGUUGACGUAUUAUUUAUCCCAAAUUUAGUUCCAUCUUAUACUGGAGGUUUAAUAAGAUUAAUGGUUAUCACUAUAAAACAAUUACAUCAUCAAAACCAUUAAAAUGUAGAUGUUUUCAGCAGUAGAGAUGUACAGUGGCAUCUUUAGUUAAUUUACCUUUUAUGGUUAGCCUUCGAAAUUGGAAUCAUAGAAGAUUUGGUUUCUGACAGAUAUUGUAUUUUUUAGUUUUCAAAUGAAUGCUGGAGUGAGGAUAACUGAAACCAUGUUAAGCAGUGCUAUUUGUGACGCACUGCUCUCUGUUCUGUUUUUUUAAAUGAACCAAUACAUCCUGGUUAAUUUUUAAAAGUACUUGAGUUGCGUAUGUGGUUUUUUAAAUUGCAACAAAGCUAUAGAAACUGUUGACUUGCAUUAUCUACCCCAACUCUUUUGUGAGAUUACAGACUUGAGAGGGUUGCUGUAGCGGUACUAAAUGAAAUGGUUUGUAUUUAAAUCCAUACUGUGGAUUAGUGCAUGUCCAGAUUUUGUUAGUAAGAAGGGCUUCAUGCAUUGUAUAAUUAUAACAUUUGUUGGACAUUUUGUGUACAGUUUUUUUUCCAGAGUUUCUAGUUUAAAAGCACUGUUAAAAAGUGAUUUUAUAAUCAGAAUUUGCUGUAACAGGCCUACAACCCAGGCACACUACUGUAUAAUUUACAGAAAUUAAUAAACUUUAUUUGCAGUCA